AUGAGGUUUCUACUUCAGUUCUACCAGCAGUUGCAAGCCUUGAGGUAUGCAGUGGAAGAGAUCAACAGGAGUUCCGACCUUCUCCCAAAUGCUACCCUAGGUUUCUAUGCUUAUGACUCUUGUGCGGCAAUGAGAAAUGAGUUGCAAGGGACUCUCUGGAUGCUGACCGGCCUGAGCCAGGAGAUACCAAAUUACUGCUGCCGGGAAAGUCCUCCACUGUCUGCUAUCAUUGGGCACUCAAAAUCCACCUAUUCCAUGCUAAUGGCACAUAUCUUGGGACUGUACAGAUUUCCACAGAUUAGUUGCUACUCAACCAGCUCUCUAUUGAGUGACAGGACACAGUUCCCUUCCUUCUUUAGAACUGUCCCAAGCGAUGACUUUCAGUCCAGAGGACUGGCCCAGAUGGUUUUACAUUUUAAAUGGACGUGGGUUGGGCUCGUAGCCUCUAACGAUGACUAUGGUUUUGAGGGAUUAAAGAUAAUAAAAGAUGAGAUAACAAAGGGAGGAGCUUGUGUUGCCUACACAGUAUAUAUUGCAACCAACCAGGACAACAAAAACAUGCCGGACAUUGUACAAAUGAUAAAAGAGUCAACUGCUAAUGUGAUCAUUGUCUUUUCUGUCGAUGUCUUCUUGUUUCCUUUUCUGGAUGAGAUGGUCAACCAGAAUGUCACCGGGAAACAAUUUGUCGCCAGUGAAGCCUGGUCUGUAUCAAAUUUUUUGACCAACUUCUCUAAAAUACUGUCUGGAACUAUUGGCUUUGCAUUACAAAGCUCAAACAUCCCAGGGUUUCAAGAAUAUCUCAACUCUGUUAAUCCCUACAACACCCCUGGGACCACUUGGUCUAAAAUGUUCUGGGAAGAAGCUUUUAAUUGCUCAUUUUCUCAACCUCAAAACCAAACGCUAAAUCUGAGGAAAGCUAAAAAAACAUGCACGGGAGAUGAGAAUCUAGAACAUGUCCAAAAUGGCUAUAAUGAUGUGUCCACCUUAAGAUCUUCCUACAAUAUCUAUACUUCAGUAUAUGUGACCGCAAAAGCUCUGGAUGACCUCAGUCGCUGUCAAUCUUUGGAUGGUGCAUUGCAUGAAACAAAAUGUUCUGAUUUAACAAACUUUGGACCAUGGCAGAUUCCCCUCUCUGUUUGCAGCCAGAGCUGCCCAGUGGGGUUCAAAAAAGUAGCAAAGAAAGGGGAACCAGUGUGCUGCUUCCAGUGUGUUCCCUGUUCCCAAGGGGAGAUCUCCAAUCAGACAGAUGCCAUUGAGUGCUGGAGUUGCCCCUGGGACAUGUGGCCCAACAGUGCAAGGGACAGAUGCAUUGUAAAGCCCAUUGAGUUCCUUUCCUACGAGGAUCCCCUGGGGAUCAUCCUGGCAACAAUCAGUGCUCUAUCUUCUAUGGUCCCAAUUUUUAUCUUUCGACUUUUCAUUCAUUAUAAAUCCACCCCAAUUGUGAGAGCCAAUAACUAUUCAGUGAGUUGUAUUCUCUUAGUAUCUCUGUCUUUCUGCUUCCUCUGUGCUUUGGCUUUCAUUGGUUACCCCCAACCUGAGAAGUGCCUUCUGCGCCAGGCGGCAUUUGGCCUUGUCUUUACCCUCUGUGUAUCCUGCAUUUUGGCCAAAACUGUUAUUGUUGUUUUUGCCUUCAUGGCCACUAAACCCGGGAGCAGCCUCAAAAAAUGGACAACUCCCCGUGUGCCCUACAUGAUCAUUACCAUCUGCACCUUCAUACAACUCACUUUGUGCAUUUUCUGGCUCUCUAUCUCCCCUCCUUUCCCACAAUACAAUAUUGAAGCCAAACCUGGAAUCAUUGUUGUAGAGUGCAACGAAAACUCUCAGUUUGCCUUCUGGUGCAUGCUGGGAUAUCUUGGACUUUUAGCCUCUGUCAGUUUCACUGUAGCUUUCCUGGCCAGGAGGCUCCCAGACAACUUCAAUGAGGCCAAACUAAUAACAUUCAGCAUGUUGGCCUUCCUCAGUGUGUGGGUGUACUUUAUCCCAGCCUCUCUCAGUGCCCAGGGCAAGUAUACUGUUGCCAUGGAGAUCUUUGCCAUUCUGACUUCCAGCUGGGCCCUUGUGUUCUGCAUGUUCCUCCCCAAAUGUUUCAUCAUAUUGUUCAGACCCGACAUGAACUUGAGAGAAAAUCUGAUGGUAAAGACAGGAGUAUGA